GAUUGGUCCUCCCCAACCAAUAACCAGAAAACAAAAGAAUGCGAAAAAGAGAGACUACCUUCUUCGUCGCCGAGUCUCUUCGCCAUGGAUUUCUCCAAAGAACGUGAAAACCUCGUUUACGUCUCCAAGCUCGCUGAACAAGCCGAACGAUUUGAUGAUAUGGUGACUGCUAUGAAAAAACUAGCGGAGCUUGAUGUGGAACUGACGGUAGAAGAACGGAACCUGCUCUCUAUCGGGUACAAAAACGUGAUCGGUGCUCGAAGGGCGUCGUGGAGGAUCUUGUCUUCGAUAGAACAAAAAGAAGAAGGCAAAGGGAAUGAGCAAAAUGUUAAGAAAAUCAAAGGGUACAUGCAGAUAGUGGAAUUGGAGUUGUCCGAUAUCUGUAAAGAUAUUAUGGGUGUGAUUAAUGAGCAUCUGAUUCCUUCUUGCUUCGGUGGAGAGUCUACUGUGUUUUACUAUAAAAUGAAAGGGGAUUAUUACAGGUACAUGGCGGAAUUCAAGACGAGUGAUGAGAGGAAAGAGGCCGCUGAUCAGUCCCUGAAAGCAUAUCAGUCUGCAACAACUACAGCAGAAGCUGAGUUGCCUCCUACACAUCCAAUCCGGUUGGGAUUGGCCUUGAACUUCUCUGUGUUUUAUUAUGAAAUUAUGAACUCUCCUGAAAGGGCCUGUCAUCUUGCUAAGCAAGCUUUUGAUGAAGCUAUAUCGGAGUUGGAUACUUUAAGCGAGGAGUCAUACAAAGAUAGCACAUUGAUUAUGCAGCUUUUAAGGGACAACCUGACUUUAUGGACUUCUGACAUCCCAGAGGAUGGAGAAGAGGUCGCAAAGCUUGGUGCAGGAGAUGAAUGAAGCUGUCUGUUAAUGUAUUUUAAUUAUUAUGUUACAGUGGCAUGGGAUCUGUAUCAUGAAAGGUAAGUAGUAGGUCUGAAACUGUUGGAGCUAACCAGUUUGGGAAGAGAUUCAGCUGCUUUCACCUUUUUCUAGUAGCUAUUGUUUGAUGUUUGGAUUGUGCAGUGUCAAUGGCCUUUUUCCCCCUUUUUACCGUCUCUCUGUUACAUCCUUCCCUCUUUGAUCAACUAAGAAUUAUUUUCAG